AUGACUAAAAGAUUAGUGGUAUUGGUUUCUAAUUUAGGGACAAGUUGGUACAACCUCGAUGAAUAUACACCUUGUCAACCUACCUGUGGGGACAGUACCCAGCAACGUCUGGUGGCAUGUGUCGAAGAAGGUACCCAGAGCGACACGAAACAAUUCUCAGCAGUGGCCAAUAAAUUUUGUCUUAACCCCAUGCCGAAAAUGCUCAAAGUUUGCAUCAGUGCAGCAGAAUGUCCAGCCCUGUGGGGCAUCGGAAGUUGGGAGAAGUGUUCGGUGUCAUGCAAUGGAGGUCUUCAAAGGCGCUGGUUGGGUUGUCAAAAGGUUCUGCCAGAUGGAAAUCUUGUAAACGUCAGUGAUACUGAGUGUGCUGAUAUUCCAAGACAACGCUCCAUCAGAGUCUGCAAUUCUUUUCCUUGCCAAAAACCAAGAAUCAAAGAACCGGUAAAGAAAUUCUUCCAGUUAACGCAUUCCAUGGCAAUCAAUAUCUUUACAGGAUCUCAUGCCUAUGUCUUACCAGCAACCGUAUUAACAGUGCGUUGUUUAACAAGAGGCAUCGAUCGAAGUUCCAUUAGGUGGUUUCGUAAUGGCAAACCACUGGUGCCAUUUACAGAUCUUCGCGUUAAAUACUCAAGAAAUUCUCUCCACAGAAUUAAAGUUCAGACGCUUUCAACUCCGAACCAAUCAGAAAACUACACGUGUCGUUGUAACACGAUCUACAAUAAUGUCAGUCGAACUUUGGAAUCAACCGUUGUUCUUCAUCUGAUAUCUUUAAUUGAUAUUCUAAGAGAAACAGCUCACAGAGAAUCGUAUCUGUUGGGUACAAUAACGUCACCGUACGCCAAUGUUACCGACCCGGCCGAUAAACGCCCUAGACGAGCAUAUUACGUAAAUAGCCAGUGGUCAUCGUGUACAGCGAGCACUUGUAAACGAUACGGACGGCAAACGCGAAAUGUAUCUUGUGAAAUUAUCACAACGAAUUACUUUGAAGAACUUCCGGUUGGCGUAUGUAAACGAGGACGAUUGAAAAGACCGGAAGUUAAGAGAAAAUGUCGAAUGGACUGUUUCAAGUGGAUUACUUACGAAUGGGGCAAAUGCCACCCCAUGUCUUGCAUCCGCGACAACAUGUCCAUACAACGCCGGCGAAUAGUCUGCUACGACAGUAUGUCACAUUCGAUCACCAGGCGGCGCAAUUGUGACAAUUUGUCUUUGCCUCCAUCAUUAGAGAGAAAGUGUUCAACACCACUGUGUCGAACGAAUUGGGUAACAGCGACAUCAUGGAAAAAGUGCCAUGGACAAUGUGGAAGUUAUGGAGUUCAGACGAGAUCCUUGUGGUGUCUUUGGGAGAAAACCGGUUUACCUGCCAAAAAUAAUUGCUACAAUAAACUUCGACCCCUAGUGAAAAGAACAUGUAAAAUGCCCCUUUGUAAACAUGGUGGAACGAACCAGUAAGAGAAAUGUGAUCCUGUCUGUAACAUUUGGUGAUUCACAACGAAACCCCUGGUAGCCAUUGAUUCUGAAUCAACCAGAAGUCAUUACGACAUAUGCACACACACACACAC